CUGCUUUUUCUCAUCACUCAAUCCACACCUAGAUUCAACAAAUAGCUCUUGUAACAUUUAUCCAAAUUCCUAAUAUAUAUCUCUCUAUGCACAAUUUUGAAAAAAAAACCCUAUUUUGAUUCCAAUCAAGAUCAUGAGCAACACAAGAAAGCCAAGAAAUGGAUCCAUGUUUCAUUUGGCUUAUGACAGAGGAUAAAUUCCAUAUACAUAUAUACAUAAUUUGUGCUUUUCUUUGUGUAUACUAGGUAGAUGGAGAGGAAAGGCGAAGGCGAUAACCCGAAAGCAAGCUCCAGCUCCUUACUGAAGAAGCUGGAGCGUUACGUGCAAAUCAAGAAGAAGAAGAAGAUGGUGAAGAGCAAGUCGUGGAGCGGGGGAGAGGGGCGGAAACCGGCCCCCACGGGGUGCUUCUCCGUCUAUGUUGGACCGGAGAAGCAGCGGUUCGUGAUAAAGACCGGGUUGGUGAACCACCCGCUCUUCAAGAUGCUGCUUGAGGAUGCUGAGCUGGAAUACGGGUUCUGCAGCGAUGGGCCCCUCCACCUCCCCUGCCACGUGGACCUCUUCUGCGAGGUCCUCGCUGAGAUGGAGUGCGCUGACGACUUUGACCGCCACGGCCACGGCUGCCUCAGCCCCGCCCGGCGUCGUUUUCGUGGACAGGAGAUGCUCAGAGGUGGCAGCGCCUACGGACUCCUCACGCCGAUUAGAUCCUUCAAUUGACAUAUUUUCCCACAUCGAUUUGAUGAUAAUUGUGUCUACGAAUGACUUUAUUUUAUGAUAAUUAAGUCGAUGUGAAUCUCUUUGUCUGGGUUGUCGCGUAAAUAUGUUGCUUUAUCACUUUUGCUUUAAAUAUAAUCUUUUUCUUGUUUGGA